AUGGCGGCGCCCCUCCAGAAGUCCAUCCUCGGCACGCCGGUGGCCGGCUCCGCCGAUCGGCAGCCCGCCCUGGGGGUCCAGAAUGGCGGGACGACGGUCAUGAAGCUGACCAAGAGCUCGAAGGCGCCCAAGUCGUCCUACGCCGCCAGGAAGACCGUGAGGCAGCGCGCCGGAUGGUGGAAGAAGGACACGGGGGAGAGGACCAACAGCUGGUACGGGCCCAACAGGAACCUGUGGCUGGGGCCCCUGUCCCCGCCUCCGCCGCCCUACCUCAACGGAGAAUUCCCGGGUGACUAUGGAUGGGACACUAUGCGGUUGUCUGCAGAUCCUGAGACAUUUGCGCGAUACAGGGAAUGUGAAAUCCAGCAUGCCCGGUGGGCCAUGAUUGGUGUUGUGGGCUGCUUGCUGCCUGAGAUCUUGGCAAAGUAUGGGGGAGUCCCUCUCGGUGAGCCUGUCUGGUUCAAGGCCGGCUCUCAGAUAUUUGCGUCAGGUGGGCUUGACUACCUCGGCAGCCCAAACCUCAUCCAUGCGCAGUAUAUCCAGUACAUUCUGUGGAGCCAGGUCUUCCUCAUGGGCCUGGCAGAGGCAUACCGCGUGAAUGGAGGCCCGGCCGGUGAGGACCUGGACAGAAACUACCCAGGCGGCCCAUACUUCGAUCCCCUGGGUCUCUCCGAUGACCCGGAGAACUUCGCUGAGCUCAAGGUGAAGGAGAUCAAGAAUGGCAGACUUGCCAUGUUCGCUAUGACUGGCUUUUUCGUGCAGGCCAUCGUCACUGGCAAGGGUCCCUUGGAAAACUGGGCGGACCACGUCGCUGACCCCUUCAACGUGAACGGCUUCAAUGUGGAUUGGGCCAACAAGUUCGACCCAUCUGGCUCCGCCUGA